AUGGCAGACGCUCUAUGCGGGCCCUCUACCGCCCUCCAGAACUUCCAGAAGCAUACCUCCGUCGACCGGACGCUGCAGCAGGACCGCCUGGUUGGCCGGCAUUCGCCCUCGCAGGGCUUCAGGUCAUCUCUCGGUCAGAAUAAUGGUGCUUUGGACCAUGAAUUCGAAGCUUUCCAGGCAGGACAUGCGCUGCCGUCGCAGCCCCAGUUCCAACACCUCCCACCACAGUUUGCGCGUGCGCCUCCACCACAGUUCGCGCAACCCUCGCAAGCGCCAGACUGGGCGUCCGACUUCCAGCGCCUGAACAUAUCACAAUCAGCGCAAAUACCGCAGCAGCGCGUCCCUGCACAGAACGCCGCGUCGUCAUGGCACCAGGACUUCAUGAGCCAGCAAGGCCCAGCUGCGCAGGCGCCUGUCUUCCAGCAGAAUGGUGUCGGAGGCAUGGCAGGCUACGGCAUGUCGGGCUUUGCGCACCCAGGGUUCCAUCAGCCCGGCUUUGCCAUGAUGAACGGCGGUUCCAUGUCAGAAGUGGCGCAAGGCAAACAACGGGUACAGGAUGCGGUGCCGCAGUUCGACGAGGCGGCCUUUGAGCGCGCUUUUGCAGAUGUGCAACAGGCAGAGGAGCAGGCUCUCGCCGAGAACUUGCGACCACAGGAAACUCACACAGAGGAGACUGCAGUAGAUAACCUACCGCAAGAGCCGGAAGACCCGGCGCUGAUGAGGAUUCGGGAACAACGGCCAGCUGUCUAUGCUGCCCUCAAGAUCCGAAGCGCCGUCGACCUCGAAAACGCAUCCCAAGCCAUGCCCUAUUUGGACAUGCUGGAAACCAUGGAGACCGAACAUCAGCUGACGAGGGAUGCUAGCGAGGCUAGAUGGGUUAUUGACACGCUGCAGAACAUUGCCAGCCGAGAGGGUCCUCAAGAAAUUAAGACGCGCUCAGAGCAAUUGAUUCGUAAUAUCAACGAGCGACUCAUGUCGACGUAUCCGCUGCUUUCCGCUCCCGUGCCCAUCAAUCAGGAUCGCAUAUGGGAGGAGCUCGAGGCUGCAGGUUACACGAGAUCAUCCGGUCCAGAACAAUUGCAGCAGCCGCAAGAACCUGAACAAAAGCAAGAAGAAGAGCAGCACCAGCCCAGGCACGACGACGACGAGAUGGCACAAACCGCAGGCCGCCUCCUCGAGCGCGUCUCCGACAACACAAGUGAGAAGUUUCAAAAAAGCCAAUUUCUCGAGCUCAUGCGGCGCCUGCGCGACCGCGAAAUCCGCGUCGAGGGUGACAAAAUGGUCGAAGUCAGUACCGCCCAGUCUACUUCAUCCCCUCCCAUCUCCGCCCCGCCACAAUCCCAAACCCAGCUCCCACCCCAACCCGCGCCCGACCCCCUGGUCGAGCAUUAUCGAAGUAUCUCGCCCGGCAUGGAUUGGUCGUGGUCGGACCCGCCGUCGCCCGCGCCCGUCGCACGAACCGUUAUCCCGCCCGUCGACCCCAACAUCCUCGAUCACGCGGCCACCGACUUUGACACCCCUGUAUAUUCAGGCGAGGGGCAGGAGUACGAUUCUCUUUCGCGUCGGGAGUCUAGUGAGAAUGUUACUGAUGAGGUGUCAGAUCAAUAUAGCUACUACAACGUCAACUCCACGUACCAUAGAUGA